GGCUCCCUGGUCGGCGCGCCAUCGAUUUGGAGAAUCUUAAUGAAAGGGCAGCUUUGGUUUGGAAGUGCGGUUAGUAGGACUACAGGUCUCACCGCCUACACAUACGGGCAAUGGGUAUCUUCACCUGAACUUAGCCAUUGGAAGAUCUCAGUAGAAAAAAGUGGCCCAGAGAGAGAGAGAGAGAGAGAGAGAGAGAGAGAGAGAGAGAGAGAGAAGACCAAAUAACAUCCUAGCCAAAAAAAGGGGGGCAUCAGCAGAUGUGUAUGGCCACUCCUCUCCCUGCCUAGUCCAUGCCCUGUUAUCCCACAAGCCAGAGGAUGAAGGUGGUGGCAGCAGUAGGAAGUGAUGAGGCCUGGUAGGAAGUGUGGCCUGGCCAAACUUUCUUUUGGGGGUGACUGCAGACCAUGUUCCAUUUAAGGAACGGAGUCAGAAGCAUCCCUAGAAGUAAUUUUGCCCAAGCCUCACCCUGGUUGCUGUGUUUUGCUUUGGGGAACUUUUUUUUUUUUUUUUUAUAGUUUUCAGGAUAUGGGUCUCUUGGUUUGUGUCUUGCACCACAGUUUUUGAGUCAGACUAUUGCAGCCCAGCCCCUAUUGAAGUCUGUGUGAUCACUGUUCGGUAGAAGAAACUUUUUGUAUUUUUCAGGACAUUGGUCUGCAGGAUGGAGUCCCUCUGGUUUAAAGACCAGUGUAGCUUAAAUGAUGAGUGCUACAUUGUACAAAGUGUGGAAAGAAGAAACCAGCUACUGUUCCCUCUCCUCCAAUGUUAACUGUUGGGACUGGCACGCCACUGAUCAGUUAUUCUGAUCUGAAGAAUUUAGUGUUUCAAGCAUUAAGACAAUAGCCUGAGUUGUUCAUGGAGUUUUUCAUCAGUAUGUCUGAAACCAUUAAAUAUAAUGACGAUGAUCAUAAAACUCUGUUUCUGAAAACACUAAAUGAACAGCGCCUGGAAGGGGAAUUUUGUGAUAUUGCCAUUGUGGUUGAAGAUGUGAAGUUCAGAGCACACAGAUGUGUUCUCGCUGCCUGCAGCACCUACUUUAAAAAGCUUUUUAAGAAGCUUGAGGUUGAUAGCUCUUCAGUAAUAGAAAUAGACUUUCUUCGUUCUGAUAUAUUUGAAGAGGUCCUGAACUACAUGUACACAGCAAAGAUUUCUGUGAAAAAAGAAGAUGUUAACUUAAUGAUGUCAUCAGGUCAGAUUCUUGGUAUCCGAUUUUUGGAUAAACUCUGUUCUCAGAAGCGUGAUGUAUCUAGUCCUGAUGACAAUAAUGGUCAGUCAAAAACUAAAUACUGCCUCAAAAUAAAUCGUCCCAUUGGAGAUGCUACUGACACUCAGGAUGAUGAUGUGGAAGAAAUUGGAGAUCAAGAUGACAGCCCAUCGGAUGACACUGUAGAAGGCACACCCCCCAGUCAGGAGGACGGCAAGUCGCCUACAACUACACUCAGGGUUCAGGAAGCGAUCUUGAAAGAACUGGGGAGUGAGGAAGUUCGAAAAGUAAAUUGCUACGGCCAGGAAGUAGAAUCCAUGGAGACCUCGGAAUCGAAAGAUUUGGGGUCUCAGACCCCUCAAACCUUAACAUUUAAUGAUGGAAUGAGCGAGGUGAAGGAUGAACAGACACCAGGCUGGACAACCGCUGCCAGCGACAUGAAGUUUGAGUAUUUACUUUAUGGCCACCAUCGGGAGCAGAUUGCCUGUCAGGCGUGUGGUAAGACAUUUUCUGACGAAGGCAGAUUAAGGAAGCACGAAAAACUCCACACAGCAGACAGGCCAUUUGUUUGCGAAAUGUGUACAAAAGGUUUUACCACACAGGCCCACCUGAAAGAACACCUAAAAAUCCACACAGGAUAUAAGCCCUACAGUUGUGAGGUGUGUGGAAAGUCAUUUAUUCGCGCCCCGGACCUAAAGAAGCACGAGAGAGUGCACAGUAAUGAAAGGCCGUUUGCAUGCCACAUGUGUGACAAAGCCUUCAAACACAAGUCCCACCUCAAAGAUCAUGAACGAAGACACAGAGGGGAAAAGCCUUUUGUGUGUGGCUCAUGCACCAAAGCAUUUGCCAAGGCGUCUGAUCUGAAAAGGCACGAGAACAAUAUGCACAGUGAAAGGAAGCAGGUUACCCCCAGUGCCAUCCAAAGCGAGACAGAACAGUUGCAGGCAGCAGCGAUGGCCGCCGAAGCGGAGCAGCAGCUGGAGACAAUAGCCUGUAGCUAGAGGUGAUGGGACACGAACACUUUGCCUGAGCCGUGGGGACUGAGAUUUCAUUGUUUGUAAUAAAUGAACAACAGUCACUGUAUUUUUUUUUUUUUUUUUUGAAAACUUAUGGAACAUUGUACUCACUGGACCGAAGGCAGUGCCCAUUUAGGUAUUUUUAAAAAUUUUUAAAGAAAACCUUCCUUGUUUCUGACCAAACCGUUUCACUGUCCUGUCUGGUGUCUAGUAUUAAUGUUGCCAGUAAGUCUUGCCCCUUCUCUCUUUUUAUGAUUUUAAUUUGAGGACUCCUGUAUCCAGUUCGGAAGUUAGAGACUUCUGUUCCAAUUUUUACUAUCUCUCUCUACUUGCACUGGUGAAUGCAUUGCACAGAGUGAUAAUUGAGUAAGUUGAUUUCCUAGUCACAAUUAUAUGUGACUUUCGGUCAAAACAGCAUAUUUUAGAAAUUCCAAGUACUUCAUGUAGAUGCAGAAAAUACUGGUGGGUGGUUGACCAAGAACACUGCGCAAAUAUGAAAACAAGGCCUGGAAAUGUAGAAUGGUCUUAGGUUUGUAUUGAUUUAUUAAUUUUCUAUCACUGUCUUUUUUCAGUUUUUGUGGACAAAUAAUGAAUGGUUGCUUUGCUGAAGUGUUUCUUCAUCCAUUUUGAUUGACCAUACCUAACCCAAAAGAUGUGGUUACAAGUCCCCAAGGCUGAACAAAUCCAUGGGUUAUUGGUGAUCUGGUGGCCGAGUUCCUUCAUUCCUCUUAUUUGGGGCAUUACUACUCUGAAAUUAAGUGGGAUGAGUGGAGUGGACCAAUGCUGAGAGGAUUAGAAAGCAGUGACUAGGAAUCUGGCUCUGAGAGACAAGGUUUUCACAUAUGCAAUAAUUCCAAGAUUUCCUAGAUCAAAAUACAUCUUAAUUGAUUUUGAAAUUAGGGCAAGAACAGGUAUGCAUCCUCAGAUACAUUUGUGUAACAGACUGUUAUCUAACUUUUGGGUUCUCGGUAGCACAUGAUUUAUCCAUAAAGGAGAUGCAAUAUUGUGACUUAAAUUAAUACAUUUAAAAUCUUUAAAGUGUGUAAAUAGUAUAGAAGUGUUGGUCUUACGUAUUUCAAGGGAAGUAGACAGUUGCACUUUUUUUUUUUUUUUUGCACAUUGAAUAAAAUAACUUCUAUCAGCAAGAAACAUCAGUCUGUUGUUAACCAAUAUUAAAGAGUGUCAGACCAAAUGUUUAUGUUUUUGAAGUAUAUUUCAUCACUGGCUACAGUUUUAAGUAGAGUUGAUUGCCUUUUCAUAGAUGUAAGAAUUUAAAUGCUGUUCCAAUUUUGGUAUAUGAAAAAAUUUUAAACCAUUUCUUUAGGAAUAUAUUGAAAUAUCAAUAAUAGUUUGAAUUAUGUCAUAUAAUAAAGCAUUAGUCAAUUAUUUAAGAAUGUACAAUUUUAGAAAAAUGUUGACUUUUAAAAUUUAUUUUUGGUUGCUAGGUUUUGUUUUUUUAAGAGACAUUAAAAUAAUUGCAUUUCAUAGCUUGUUGCAUUAACACCUAUAAUUACUACUGUGGGAGAAAUUUUAUUUUUUAAAUGGUGUAUAUGUUACACCCAAGAUUGUAGAAUGAAGAUGCUAACUUUUAAGAAACAUAUUUAUUGGUAAAAUGUUUGAUUUAGUUUAGAAUUAAUUUCUUUCCUUAAAAGUUGUUUUUUCCAUCUUAAAGUAGUGCUGUCACUGUUUAUAUGCUAUUAGUGGAAGGGAAAUUGAUUGACAUUCCUAUGCUGUUUUAACCAAAGCAAAAGAAAAAUAAUUUCACAUCUGGUUGAUAGCUACUUCAACAAAUCAUUUUUGGGUCUUCACUUCAGUAUAUAUAAGAAAAUAUACUUCUAUCAUUUCUGUUUUCAUAGUAAUCUUUCACACAUCUGGGUUUCUACCAAAGUACAUUUUCUACUAUCUUCAUCAUGGUUUUUCAGAGUUGCAAGUUAUGUGGUUAAUCCUCAUUGAAAUCACAUAAUCAAAGUGGUAACCCCCCAAAAAAAGAAAGCUUAAUUUUCAGCCCUUGAUUUGUAUUUUGUAAAUAUUUAUAAUUUGUCCGAUUUUGCAUGAGAAAUAUAUUUGUGUUGCGAUUUCUACCGCUGGUACUGGACUUCUAUGUGUACUAGGGUGCUUGUCUGCGUGGUGGCAGCAAAGUCAUGACAUGGCAGCUUUCCUGUCUCAUCAUUGAGACUGCUUCUCUCCUCACCCAGCUGGCUUUAGUAGCCUCCUGGAUGGUGAAACCAUAAUGUUAGACAGUUCAAGGGUAACUCUAAUCACAGGGGGCUAAUUUUUAAAAGUCACUUUUUUCUGUUUGAACAAAGAAAAUACCUGCAAACUUAAUUUUACCUUCUAUGCCAACUUGCAUUGUACUGGCAAUGGUUGAGGAAGAUAAUUUCAGGAAGUCCAAACUUUAGGUCAUUCGUCUACUAAUUAACGUGAUCACAAAUUUAAAAUUGUUAGACAUUAUAGAGAUCACCAUCAACUGAGCCUGAUACUAAUAAGUUCUUCCUAUUUCGUUGAAGG